GUCCCUGAUUCCCUGACUGCUACUUUCUCUCACCAGCCUCUUCCAGCUCUAUGAUGGUCCUGCAGGCCCCUAAAUCCCCCUGGACAACAGCUCUGACGGUGUUACUGAUGGUGCUGAGCCACCCCAUGGUCCAGGGCAGGGCCACUCCAGAGAAUUACGUCCUCCUGGCACUGCAGGAGUGCUACGCCUUCAACGGGACGCAGCGCUUGGUGGAGAGACACAUCUACAACCGGGAGGAGUUCGUGCGCUUCGACAGCGACGUGGGGGAGUUCCGCGCGGUGAGCGAGCUGGGGCGGUCGACAGCCAAGUACUGGAACAGCCAGAAGGACAUCCUGGAGCGGAAGCGGGCCGCGGUGGACACAAUGUGCAGACACAACUACGAGCUGGACGAGGGCUUCACCCUGAAGCGCCGAGUCCAGCCUAAAGUUCAUGUGUCUCCCACCAAGAAGGGGACCCUGCAGCAUCACAACAUGCUUGUCUGCCACGUGACAGAUUUCUACCCAGGCAACAUURAAGUCCGAUGGUUCCUGAAUGGACAGGAGGAAACAGCUGGGGUUGUGGCCACCGAACUGAUACGAAAUGGAGACUGGACCUUCCAGAUCCUGGUGAUGUUGGAGACAACUCCCAAACAGGGAGAUGUCUACACUUGCCACGUGGAGCACCCCAGCCUGAACAGCCCAGUCACUGUGGAGUGGAAGGCACAGUCUGACUCUGCCCGGAACAAGACCCUCACUGGGGUCGGGGGCUUCGUGCUGGGGCUCAUCUUCCUUGUAGUGGGCGUCUUCAUGCACAAGAGAAGCAAGAAAGGUAAGAAAGCCAGGGGGAGACGGAGGCUUGCCUUCCUGGCUUCCUCAUCUGCAUGA